AGAACAGAGAACCGGCAAAUAGUUUCUGUACUAUAUAUAUAUGAGAACACCGCCAUAGGGUUUCUCUCCCUGCGUUGUGGUUUGGUUCUCUGUUUUGUCGGCCGACACGUCGAAGGAGGGAGGGAGAUGGCGCAGUCGCUGGAGCUGUUGUUGAUACAGUUCUUGAUGCCGGACAACGACGCGCGGCGGCAGGCGGAGGAGCAGAUAAAGCGGCUAUCCAAGGACCCGGCGGUGGUGCCCGCCCUUGUCCAUCACCUCCGCACCGCCAAGACCCCCAACGUUCGCCAGCUCGCCGCCGUCCUCCUCCGCAAGAAGAUCACCGGCCACUGGGCCAAGCUCUCCCCGUCCCUCAAGCUCUCCGUCAAGCAGGCCCUCAUUGACAGCAUUACCCUUGAGCACAGCCCUCUUGUGAGGCGAGCAAGUGCCAAUGUUGUGAGCAUCAUUGCCAAGUAUGCUGUGCCAGCUGGAGAGUGGCCUGAAUUGUUACCUUUUCUUUUCCAAUGCAGUCAAAGUUCACAAGAGGACCAUAGAGAAGUGGCCCUGAUCCUUUUCAGCUCUUUAACUGAAACAAUUGGGCCGACAUUUCAAUCCCAUUUGGAAGAUCUUCAGCCUAUUCUGCUUAAAUGCCUGCAAGAUGAGACAAGCACUCGUGUUAGAGUUGCUGCUCUGAAGGCUGUUGGAUCUUUUAUAGAGUUUAUCAAUGAUGGUGCAAAUGUAGUAAAGUUAUUUCGAGAUUUUAUUCCAAGUGUCUUAAAUGUGUCAAGGCAAUGCCUUGCUAAUGGCGAGGAAGAUGUCGCCUCUAUUGCUUUUGAAAUAUUUGAUGAGCUCAUUGAAUCUCCUGCUCCACUUCUUGGGGAUUCUGUGAGGUCCAUAGUGCAAUUUUCUCUUGAAGUUUGUUCAAGCAACAAUUUGGACUUGAACAUACGACACCAGGCAAUUCAGAUAAUUUCAUGGUUGGCAAAAUUCAAGGCUUCUUUCCUAAAGAAGCACAAGUUGGUUGUACCUAUUCUCCAAGUUAUGUGUCCUCUCCUUACAGAAACUGCCGAUGGAGAUGAUGAUUCUGAUCUUGCUGCUGAUCGAGCUGCUGCAGAGGUUAUUGAUACGAUGGCCAUAAAUAUACCUAAGCAAGUGUUUCCACCAAUUUUUGAAUUUGCUUCAUUGAACUUCCAUCAUACUAAUCCCAAGUUCCGGGAGGCUUCCGUCACAUCAUUAGGUGUUGUUUCUGAGGGUUGUUUUGAGAUGUUAAAAGAAAAGUUAGAACAUGUUUUACACAUUGUUUUGGGAGCAUUAAAGGAUCAAGAACAAAUGGUAAGAGGAGCUGCAUCAUUUGCAUUGGGCCAGUUUGCCGAACAUCUGCAGCCUGAGAUUUUGUCUCACUAUGAAAGUGUGCUUCCCUGUAUUCUGAAUGCUCUAGAGGAUCCCUCAGAUGAAGUAAAGGAAAAGUCAUACUACGCACUUGCAGCAUUUUGUGAAGACAUGGAAGAAGAAAUUCUUCCUUAUUUGGAUGCUCUAAUGGGGAGAUUAAUCAUUUCUCUACAAAACAGUCCUCGAAAUCUACAAGAGACAUGCAUGUCUGCAAUUGGUUCGGUAGCAUCUGCUGCCGAGGAGGCUUUUAUUCCAUAUGCAGAGAAAGUUCUUGAUCUAAUGAAAAUUUUUAUGGUGCUGACAAAUGAUGAGGACUUGAGAGCACGUGCCAGAGCGACUGAAUUAGUUGGAAUAGUUGCAAUGGCAGUUGGUCGAACAAGAAUGGAACCCAUACUACCUCCUUUCAUCGAGGCUGCACUUGCUGGUUUUGCAUUAGACUUCAGUGAGCUUCGGGAGUAUACUCAUGGAUUCUUUAGCAAUAUGGCUGAAAUUUUGGAUGAUGGUUUUACACAGUACCUUCAUCAUGUUGUACCUCUAGUAUUUACUUCAUGUAAUCUAGACGAUGGCUCCGCAGUGGAUAUUGAUGACUCUGAUAGUGUGGACAAUGGAUUUGGAGGUGUGUCCUCCGAUGAAGAUACAAAUGACGAACCAAGAGUUCGUAAUAUUAGUGUAAGAACUGGGGUGUUGGAUGAAAAGGCUGCAGCAACUCAAGCUAUUGGCUUGUUUGCUCUUCAUACCAAGAGCUCUUAUGCCCCUUAUAUGGAGGAGUCAUUGAGGAUUUUGGUUAGACAUGCGGGAUAUUUUCAUGAAGAUGUCAGGCUUCAAGCUAUCAUAGCUUUAAAACAUAUUUUAACUGCUAUACGGUCAAUCCCUAUGGGUCACAAUGGAGUCUCAGAAAAACAAAGGGAUGUUCUUGAUACUGUAAUGAACAUCUAUAUCAACACCAUGACCGAGGAUGAUGACAAGGAAGUUGUUGCUCAAGCAUGCAUGGGCAUGGCAGAUAUCAUGAAGGAGUGUGGAUACAUGGUUAUUGAAUCUUAUAUUCCUAGGAUUGCUGAGGCAACUCUAACGCUUCUACGUGAGGAAUCAUCAUGCCAGCAAGUAGAGUCGGACUGCGAUGCUGAUGAUGGUGAUGUUGACCAUGAUGAAGUCCUCAUGGAUGCAGUGUCAGAUCUUCUUCCUGCUUUUGCAAAGGCGAUGGGAUCUCAUUUCGAACCAGUUUUUGCUAAGUUAUUUGAUCCUUUGAUGAAAUUUGCGAAAGUUCCACACCCUUCCCAAGAUAGAACCAUGGUUGUUGCAUGCUUGGCUGAAGUUGCUCAAGAAAUGGGUGCGCCAAUUUCUACUUACGUUGAUAGAGUGAUGCCUUUGAUAUUGAAAGAACUUGGAUCAUCAGAGGCAACCAAUAGGAGAAAUGCUGCAUUCUGUGUUGGCGAGUUUUGCAAAAAUGGGGGUGCUGCGACACUGAAAUAUUAUGGGGAUAUUCUUCGGACUCUUUACCCAUUAUUUAGCGACUCGGAAGCAGAUGAUGCGGUGUGUGAUAAUGCUGCCGGUGCAGUUGCUAGGAUGAUAAUGGUGCAACCCCAAUCUAUUCCUCUCAACCAGGUUCUACCCGUGCUUCUGAAAGCAUUGCCUCUGAAGGAGGAUUUCGAGGAGUCGAUGACUGUUUACAGUUGCAUCUGUCAUCUAAUCUUAUCUUCUAACUCGGUGAUCAUUCCUCUGGUGCCAGAAGUGGUAAAUAUUUUUGCUCAAGUUAUCGCAUCGCCUGUGGAGAGAGAAGAAGUGAAAAACCGGAUUGGCAUGGCGGUUUCUCACUUGAUUUCAGUCUAUGGUAAUCAAAUGCAGCCUGUGAUGGCUGCUCUCGCACCUGCACAUGCUAAUGCUUUGGCUGCAUACCUUAGCAAAAGGUGACAAAUAAAGAACCAUACACACAUAGCAAAGUAAUGUUGGAGCUACUUGCGUGGAUUGCUGAUGUGGUCUUUUCCUUUUUGGCGGCUUUUCCAUGACUAUUUUUUGGUGUUAGUUAUGUAUUUAAUUAUUCUUUAUAUCCAUAUAAGUGUGAGUGUUUUUUGUUUGGUCAAUUUUACCAAUAAUCAAGUGGAGAUUUACUAUUUUUACAUGAGUUUGAUUGAAAUAUUUGUUGUCAUAUAUAUAUUUUUGCCA